AUGUACUUAACACUAGCGGUCUCCUUUGUAGCAGUGUCAUCGAAAUCUACGUACAUGGAGUCAAUGACCGUUUCUAUCUUCAGGUUAUUAGAUGCGAAAGAGAGAAAGGGUGCGCUCUCCAUCGCCGUGAAAGCGAAAAUUAGCGAGCAUAGUUCGAGCGUCGUCGGACCGGGAAUCUGCCGCAUUACCGCGGGGAGCCAGCCUUUAUUGCUCAAUUUGACUUUAUUUAACGCAAUCCGCAGCCGGCGGGCGGUGGGGGCCGCCCACGUCUCGGGAGCUGACGGCGAACAGAUGAGGUCCCACUCCAAUCCACUUAGCACGCGGCGAGCCAGUAGUUUC